AUGGUAUUGAAAAAACUUUAUAGAAAUUUUAAAAAUCCUGAAUUGACAACACAUGAAGAGUCUACUGAAAGAAAUAAAUUGAAAAGACAAAAUUGGAAAAAAGUUACAAAUUUAGGUUCUAAUAAAAGUGGAUCAAGCAAGAAAUAUAAAAGGAUACACAAAAAUUUAGAUCCAAAACCAAUCAAAGGUGUAAAAUCAAUGGAUGAAUUAAGUUCAUCUGAUACAAAUAAUAAUAUCUAUAUUUUGAAUACAAACAAUAAAUCAAAUACAGAUGAAAUUUUAAAUGAAAAUGAUUCGAGUUUCAUUAAAAUUUCUUGCAUAAUAGUGGAAAAAGUUACAAAUUUAGGUUCUAGAUCAAGCAAAAAAAAGCACAAAGAGUCAAAAAUGUAUAAGUAUAUCAUAAAUUUGAGUAAUUCAAAACUAAGCAAAUGUGAAGAUCUGGAGAAACCAAGCAAAAAUUUAAAAAAUAAGAAGUUUUUCAGAGAAUAUAAGUUUUCUAAAAAAAUAAUUCAGAAAGCAAAAAAUUAA